UCAUCUUCCACAGUUCGAAGAAUUGCUGAUAAAUUUGCUAAGCGCCUCCGGUCGCCUCUCCUCAAACUUGGCCGGCGGCGAAGGCACACUGUGUGAGUCAACAAGUUUUGCUGAUAUGAAGAGGGUAUGGAUUAACAAGAAGUUGUCUUACAUUUUCGAGGGACGUCCCUCUACCAACUUGGCCCUCUUUAUGCAAGCAUUGUAUGCCCAUUCAAUUGUUUAUUUGCCGAUACUAAGAUUGAGGAUUUCAUCCACAUGGACUUGGUUUUCCUGUGACUUGCUUUUCAAGCUAGCUCUAGGUGUACAACAUCUAAUAUCCAUUUUUUAUAUAUGUAUAAGGGGAAUGGAAUUUAACUUGAAUAAGCUCAAGCAAAUGUCUACUGAUUACGCGAAUUUGAAGAAAAUAGCUACUGAUGAGGGCAUUAGUGUCAUCAAUGAUGAUGAAGACAUAACAAAGGGCAUUUCAAGAGAUAAGAAGCUGAUAGGAGAUAAAAUGGAGGAGAUUGCAAGGGAGUGGGAUGCUCAAAGGGAAGUGUUUCAUCAACAAACAGGAUUAGUGCAAGAACAUCAGCUGCAGCUGCAGGAAGACGAUGAUACCUUUGAUCUGGAGUUGGAACAAAUGCUCUCGGAAACAUGAUCAAUCACACAGGCAGAUGCUACUUAAAACAGUGCUUCAUUAUCCUGGACAGCUGAUUGUAGUGCAUCGGAAAUUGGACAUGCAGGUUUGAUGGUGGGCAUCACUGUUACCAAUCAGACUUUUAUUUUGAUACCAAGGCCUCUACUUUGGAUUGAUGACAUCUAGCGGGUGCUUUGUUUAGGUAUAUUAGGAGACUGUUAUCUACAUUGGAUUUUGCUUGAGGGUUGGAAUGCGGAGUUAUGGACAACGACGUGUCUCCUAUUGAUUCCGUUGAUAGAAUUCUUGUUGAGUUGGAUUGUCUAAUGUUCUAUAGUAACUUUGUGAAUAUAUGAAAGGUUUCAAUUGA